UUUAAAUUCCUCAACAAACAAAAGCGUGGCUUCAAAUCUUAGCUAUCAUUUCAUAGAAUCUCAAUCGGCAGAAGCUUUCCCCUCUCAUCUUCAACUCUUUAACGAUUGCUGCAUGUAAGAGAUUGUCUUGUCGGAUUCAAAGGUCGAAACUUUUUGCGUAGCUGCUACUGUUUCCUCCCAGAAGAAGGUUUACAAUGGGAGAGGAGCAUCAGAGAAAGAGGUCUCGACAACAUUUUGAAGCAGAGGAGGCCAGACACUUAUCUUUGCGGGAAUGCGAAACGUCAAAGUGGUAUUUCAGCAGGGAAGAGAUUGAGCGUUCCUCUCCAUCUAGAAAAGAUGGGAUUGACCUGCCCAAGGAGUCGUUUCUACGGUCUUCUUAUUGCUCAUUCCUUCAAAGACUUGGCAUGCAGCUUCAUGUGUCCCAGGUUACAAUAGGAUGUGCUAUGGUGAUGUGCCACCGGUUUUACAUGCGCCAAUCUCAUGCAAAAAAUGACUGGCAGUAUUUGCAGACGAUAGCAACUGCCAGUCUGUUCCUCGCUUGCAAAGCUGAAGAUGAGCCGUGUCAACUGUCCAACGUUGUUGUUGCAUCUUAUGAAAUAAUCUUUGAGUGGGAUCCUUCUGCCUCAAUUAGAAUUCAUCAAACUGAAUGCUACCAUGAAUUUAAAGAAAUUAUUUUGGCCGGGGAGAGGCUUCUGCUGGACACAAGUGCUUUCCAUCUCCUAGACGUUGAACUUCCCUACAAACCUCUGGCUGCAGCCUUGAAUAGGCUGAACGCUUGGCCUGACCUUGCAACAGCUGCUUGGAAUUUUGUGCAUGACUGGCUUCGAACGACACUGUGUUUGCAGUACAAACCCCAUGUUAUCGCAACUGCCACUGUGCACCUAGCUGCCACGUUUCAGAACGCGAAAGUUGGCAGCAGGAGAGAUUGGUGGUUGGAGUUUGGAGUAACCACCAAGUUAUUAAAAGAGGUAAUCCAGAAGAUGUACAUGCUGAUCGAAGUGAACAGAAGGAGGGCUAUGCCACCUCCAAGAAGAGAAGUAGCUUGGGCAGUACCUACAGUCAUAAAGCCGCCGGUCCAUUUUGCUAGAGGCUACCCGUUUCACAGCUACCCUAUGCAGUCCUAUAGACAGCCUGGCAUCUGGUGAGCGAUACUUCAGCAGCCUGAAGAUGCAAUCUCCCUUGUAGUCUUGAGUUUGUGGAUAAACAAAAGGAGAUUCUGCGGAGUCUCAUGAGAGAGGCAGUGUAAGGUUAUAUAGCAAUCCGAGUGAGGUGUUUUUGGCUAAGUUAAGCCUCUCAGGUGUGAGCAUCUCCACCAAAGUGAUUCUCUUCUUGUUUGUUCUGUUACAUAGAGAUUAUGUAGAAUUAUUGGUUAUACAAAUAUCCACUUCCUUACUAUUAUACUAGAUUAUUGUAUGUCCGGAAUCUAUAUGUUGGGUUUCUUCGUAUUAUAUAUUUUUAACUUCUUCUCA